AUGAUAUUCUUAGUGAUAAUAAGCUGCAUUUUGAAAGCAGGGCACAGUUUAUUGCUGCCCGAACAAAUUCACUUAUCGUGAACUGAGAGGGAAAAUGAAAUGAGAGUUACAUGGAUAACGAACAUUGACACCACAACCUAUGUGACCUAUCGGCCAAUAAUAUGCCCAAGCAUCGAGCAUUCCGAUAAUUGAAAAACCAUCCUUCCGAAUACUACAAAAUUCAAUAAGGGUGAGAUCAUGGUUCUGUUUCAAUUCAUACAUACAGCAAUUAUGACUGAUUUAAGGCCUGAGUGCUAUUAUGAAUACUAUAUAGUAACAGAAAAAGGCAAAAGUGAGAACUUUAUAUUCAGCGGGAGGACUCCAGACUCUGAGAAGCCAUAUCAAGACGCAAAUAAUGAAAUUGAUCUUGUUGUUUUUGGGGAUUGAGGAACUGGCCCGAAUGGAGUUUAUGUGAAACAACUACUGGAUCAGCAUUCAAAAAUUAGAAAUUUCUACGCCCCAUUCCCUCCCUGCUUGAGCGAGCAACAUCAUUUGAAAAACCGCUAUUUUUGUUUAAAAAAAAAACUCAGUUAGAGAACAAAAAAUUUAUAUGGAAAAAUAUUUGGUAUAUAAGUGAUAAUUUAUUUAAUGAAAUCUCUCUAUAGUUCUGUUAAAUUUUAAAAGCUUGCAUUUUAAAACAUAAAUUUUACAAAUCAAAUUAACUUUGCUUUCCAAUUUUUGCGAUUGGGAUUUUUUUUAAUUUCAUAAAAAGUUAUUAUAAAAUUUAUAAAGUUUUUUAACCCUUAACAAAAAUAUUUUUAUUUGCUCAUGGAGGAGGGAUAGUUAGGGAUUCUUCAUUUAGGAGAUAUUGCUUAUAAUUUGGACGAAGAGGAUGGUAGAAAUGGAGACGAAUUUUUGAAUCAAAUACAGACUAUUGCUGCCAAUUUUGCUUAUAUGACAGUUCCAGGAAACCAUGAGCUAGCUUCAAAUUUCACUCACUAUAAGGAGAGGUUUAAAAUGCCAAUAAAUGAAGCGAAUGAUGGGAAUAGCUGCUUCUAUUCUUUCAAUCUUGGCCCAGCUCAUUGAAUUAUGAUGGAUACUGAAGUGUAUUUGAGUGAAAAUCUUAAAGACUCUCAACUAACUGAAACAAAUUGACUUUUGGAGGAUUUAGAAAAGGCAAAUGAUGAGAGAAAUAUUAUUAUUAUUAUUUAGACUUUACUGCUGAUUGAUGUCAGCAUUCUUCUCUUUUUUCAUCAUUAUUGCAAUUUCAUGAAUUUUGAAAUCCUUUUUUUAAAUAACUUCACCAAUACUCCUCAUUCUGCUAUCCAAUAAAAAAUCUAAUCUAUAAUUUUCAUAUAAACAGCGAUCAUCGAUAAUAUGAACUUCAUCUUCUCUUCACCGUCCGCCACCCUUGCAUAUAGAAAUUGCCCGAGGAUGGCGCUAUUUUGCGCCAUCCUCGGGCAAUUUCUAUACACUUGCUUGGUUUAAAUGUCUCAGGUUCUGAGAAUACACAGUUGGGCUGAAUUCAGCUCUAAACCUGAGAAUAUAGACAAUCACCUGAUAUUUGUGAGAGGUUAAAUAUUUUUAUGGGUUCGGUUCUAUUCUGUCAUUCCCUUUAUUUAUCAUGACAAAGAGUCUCUGAUCCUCUGAAUAAACAGCAAUUGCCGCAACAAUAGCUCCUCCAAAAUUUCAUCAUCAUCAUUAAUUAUAGCGGGCAGAGCAUAGUUAAUUUUUUAGCGGGAAAUGGAGGACUUUGUGCAAGAAGAUUUUGAAGAAUUUCAUAUGAGAAGUGACAGCAAAAUCACUGAGAUGUGGUCAGAUGAAGAAGACGCUAGGUACUAUGAUGAUUAUAUAGAAAAUUAUAAACCUAGUGCUGAGGAUUGUUUUGGUAGUGAUUAUGGUAAUUAUGAAAACUAUGAAGAUUACGAAGAUUAUGAAGAUUAUGAAGAUUAUAAAGAUUAUAAAGAUUAUGAAGAUUAUGAAGAUUAUAAAGAUUAUGAAGAUUAUGAAGAUUAUGAAAACUGUGAGUAUUGCGAAUCAGAAAAAGAAAUUUGUGCGAAAUACGCAUGGGCAUUACAUCAAGAGAAAGAGGCGUUAGAUGAUGGAGGUCAUGCUAAGGUUUGUGAAAGUGUGAUGACUAAUGAGAAUAGAGUAAACAGAGAUGGAGGUAAAGAUAGAACUGAAGACUGUAUUGAUGAAGUGGUAACUAGAGAGAAGCGUAUGCACAAAAAAUUGCCCGCGAGAAAAUGGAGAAUGGGAAAAAUGGCGGUAGCACCUCUCCUUUGAGCUCUUUUGCUCAUUCCAGCAAUUUUUCCUCAAUUUCUUGUUCUGUAUCCUCCAAAUAAUCAUUUUCCUCAUCUUCUUCCAUUUCGCUCUCAGUAAGUUCGUCCUCCCACAAAUCUUCCUCGCAUUUAUCUAGGUACUCCUCCAGAUCAUCCAGUUCUUCUAUAGUUAAAUCAUCACAUGUUGCUAAAUAGCUGUAGAAAAGGUCAUUUUCGCUAAUUCCCAGCUUUUUGUUCACCUGGGCAGCUCUUAUUGACUUGUUUUUCUUCACCAUUUUCUCGCGAAAAAUAAAAUUCCUCCAAAAUUUCAACUUUAACAUUUUUCCCGCUAAAAUUCUUAUCUCCAUUUUCUUCGCGGGCACUUUCUACAUCUCCUCUGCCUUCAUCUCCUCCAUCUAAAUCAUCAGCUUCGUCCUCAAUCUCACAUGUGGUACCUUAGCCAGUACCCAUCAUCACUCCUCCUACAUCUUUAUCUUCAUAUUCUCUAUCUCUACAGUCUCUGACCUCAUCAGCAUCGCCCAAUUCGCCUACAAGCAUCUCCAACAUCCUGCAAAAAGUUUAACGCCAAAUCAGCGUCACCUCCACUCAUGAGCAACAUCUUCAUAACAAUUUCCACAGAAAAUCCCCAGAUUCUUCAAUAUCAACACUUUUUCAAAAAUUUCCAUAAUAAAAAGGCGGAAGUAAUUUAGCGUAAUUCUCCUAAUUCUCCAUAAUAAAAAAUUAGAUUUAAAUAUAAUGAGAGAAAUAUAAGACCUUGGAUUAUUGUUGCAACCCAUCAUGCAUUUUACUGUUCCGUUGAGCAUGUCUUCAGUCGGGAAUGCUGGGAAGAAAGCGCCCUUUAUAAUUCCUUGUUUGAAGAUAUAUGAAAUCACUAUGGCAUUGAUCUAAUUCUCGAAGGGCAUGUUCACAACUAUGAAAGAGAUACUCCUAUAUAUAAAAACGCAACAGUAAAAAGUGAGUAUGAUGAUUCUCAUACUCAUAAAAACCCAAAUGCUCCAAUAUAUAUUAUUAGUGGCAAUGCAGGAAACAAAAAGGGUCACAACGACCCAAUUCCAUCUCUCUGGAUGCCUUGGACAGCAUUUAUGAGUGAAGACUAUGGCUACGGGAAGAUAAUAGAUUUUCCUUAAAUUUUCCAGUCAAAAAUAAUCUUGAUUCCCCUCUUGGAGAAUCCAAGGCAAACUCUUAUAAAAGUUUUCAAUAAAACUCACAUCUACUGGGAACAAUACUCCGCCAUAGCUUUAGAAAAAAUUGAUUAUCUCUGGAUCAUCAAAGAUCACUUAAGAUACACUAAACCUAACUAG